AUGUCCCAAUGGCUACAGCGACAUACGUCUACAUCCGUUCAGCUAGGACUGGCCGCGACAUUCGGAGCAGUUGCCGCAACGUCAAUACUUCUCAUUGCGAGAGCCAGCCGCCGCCGACGCGCGACUGAAGAACUCAAGGCCUCGAUUCCCGAGAUCUCACGCGACCACCAUGCAACGCCGUUGACCGAGUAUGGCGGUGCCAGCCGCGCAAGUAUCACAAACAAGGAAGAUGAGAGGGCAGCGAAAAUCGCCGCACGGGCAAGAAAGGGGGACUACGACGAGGAAUUGAUCCUCGAACAACUGGCGCGUAACAGAGUGUUUCUGAAGGACGAAGGACUGGCCAAACUGCGCGAUGCAUUCGUGGUGGUCGUUGGCCUUGGUGGCGUGGGCAGCCAUUGCGUGGCGGCGCUGGCGAGGAGUGGUGUCUCGCGUAUCCGCAUAAUCGAUUUCGAUCAGGUUACACUGAGCAGUUUGAACCGACAUGCGCUGGCCACCCUGGCGGACGUGGGCACCCCGAAGGUGCACUGUGUGAGGAAGCGGUUGGAGCAGAUUUGUCCGUGGACAAGGAUUGAUUGCCGAAACGAGAUGUUGAGCUCACAGUCCAUGGAGGCGUUGUUGGGAGAAUGGGAUUACGAGCUACGCAACGAUGAUGAUGUGAAGGAACCCGAUUGGGUGGUCGAUGCGAUUGAUAAUAUCGAUUCCAAGGUCGGGCUGCUGCAUUAUUGUGCUGCUAUCAAGGGGAUCAAAGUCAUUAGCUCUAUGGGGGCAGGUUGUAAAAGUGAUCCGACGAGAAUCCAGGUUGGAGAUAUCUCUACCAGCACAGAGGAUCCGCUGUCAAAGUCGACGAGGCGGAGGUUGAGGGUUAUGGGAAUCAAGGAUGGGAUCCCUGUUGUCUUUUCAACUGAGAAACCUGGAGAAGGUAAGGCCGAGUUGUUGCCCGUUGCCGAUGAAGAGGUCGAGAAGGGCAAUGUGGAUAAACUGGGUGUUCUGCCGGAUUUCAGAGUCAGGAUCUUGCCUGUUCUUGGAACGAUGCCCGCCAUAUUUGGGUACACCGUCGCCAAUCACGUCAUUUGCAGUAUGGCGGGAUACCCCAUCGACUACCGGACCGGGGAGAAAGGAAGAGAGAAGAUGUACGACGGCAUACUCUCGGCCUUACAAGGUCUUGAAGAGCGGUUGGUCCGGUCGACAGAUGGCCAGGACGCCAUCGGGUUAAGAAUACCCGUGAGCAGAGAUGACGUGGCGUAUCUCGUGGAAGAAGUAUUCCGUGGCAAGAGUGUUAUCUCGGGUCUAGGAAACCGACUAGCUCUCAUUAGAUGGAGGAAGCCUGCUGAUGGCUUCAAAGUCGACUCCGCAUAUCUGAACGAAGGGCAGAAGAUGAUCAGAUUACCAUUGAUCGAUUUGGUUCUCAUGACGAAAGAGGAGGCUCAGAGGCAUGAGAAACAAGUCCUUAAAGGUGGUAUGGAACCAGACGAUAUGUACGAUUCCAGGGUGCUGGCUCAGGUCAAGAAGCGCCAUGAUGAAGAACGAGCAUACGAGAGGUACAGAUGA